GCACCGAAUCUAGACUCACUCUGCUCUGUCUUCCCUUUUCUCUUUUCUUUCCCCACCAUUCUCGACCGUUACCUCUCUCUCUCUCUCUCUCUCUCUCGUCUGGUUUUUCUGUGAUAACAUGCAAAGAGGCCAAUUAGAAGGGAAGAAGUAGAGGUGGUUUCAUGGCGAAGCGCUCUGCAGAGGAGAUAAUGCAAGAGAGUGAGGAGGCUCACCCAUACGCGUUCCAUGUUUCAGGGCCUCGUAACGUUUCUUCUCCGAAUUGGCGAGAUCUGAUCAAUUCUAGCUGGAAGGAUAGCAACUACAGAAGAACAGUCAUAGCCUGCUUCAUACAAGCAGUUUAUUUGCUCGAACUUGACAGGCAGGAGAAUAAAACAGAAGAGAAUGGCCUUGCUCCCAACUGGUGGAAACCCUUCAAGUACAAGCUGGCCCAAACAUUAAUAGAUGAAAGGGAUGGGUCCAUCUUUGGAGCCCUACUGGAAUGGGAUCGAUCUGCAGCUCUAUCAGACUUUGUAUUGAUGAGACCCAGUGGUGCACCGAGGGCUGUCCUAGCACUCAGAGGAACAUUGCUGAAGAGCUUGACAAUUAGAAGAGAUUUAGAAGAUGAUCUUCGCUUUCUUGCCUGGGAAAGCUUGAAGGGGUCUGUUAGAUUUGGUGUAGCUCUGGAGGCAAUGAAAAUGGCAGUUGACAGAUUUGGUAGCUGCAAUGUAUGCAUUGCUGGUCAUUCUUUAGGAGCUGGCUUUGCUCUCCAAGUGGGUAAAGCAUUAGCUAAACAAGGAGUGUUUGUAGAGACUCAUCUGUUCAAUCCACCAUCUGUUUCACUGGCUAUGAGUUUGAGAAACCUUGGAGAGAAAGCUGGGUUUGUCUGGAGGAGAUUCAAAUCAAUGCUUCCUUCAAGUGGUGAGGCUCAAACUAAUGGAGGAGAACCAGAAAAGAAUGCUGGUAGUAGAGUACUCAAGGCAUGGAGAGAUCCCAAGAAAUGGGUUCCACAUCUGUAUGUGAACAACAGUGACUACAUCUGCUGCUAUUAUUCCGAUCCUGCUGUCACAACAAACGCCCAACCCAGCAAUGGUGAAGCUUCUGGCAAGGAGAAUGCAGAUCCUGCUAGUGGGAAUGUUGCAGCAAAGCUGUUUGUGAUGUCCAAGGGCAAACAAAAAUUCCUUGAGGCUCAUGGGUUGCAGCAAUGGUGGUCUGAUGACCUGGAACUCCAAUUAGCUCUACAUAACAGCAAGCUUAUUAGCAGGCAGCUCAAAUCCUUGUAUACCCCCCUCCCACCACCACCACCUCCACCAGCAGCAGCACAGAGCAAAAAGCCCAGAUGAUAUUUAGCCAUCUUGAGUGCAUCUAUUCUUUAAAUACCAUGAUUAAUUAAUUGUACCAAAGAAAUGGGAGAAGCAGUUGCUGAAAUGUUGUUUCUUAUUCUUUCUCUGGCUUGCCAAUGCAUUGUUUUCCUUGAUAUCUUUUCUGGGUAAGUCUUGUUCAUAUUUUUUUA